AUGAGAAUUAGCCACUGUGACACAGCCAAACAAGCUUGGGAUCUACUUCAGGUUACUUAUGAGGGAAACAAGAAGGUUAGAGGUCAGAAGCUUCAAAGACUCGUAUUGGAAUUUGAGAACAUGACCAUGGGGGAAGAUGAAUCAAUUGAUGAUUUUCAUGCUCGACUUCUCAAUGUGACAAACCAAUGCUGUAGCCUUGAUGAUCCAUUUGAGGAGCAUCGAAUAGUCAAGAAAUUUCUCAGAGCUCUUCCCUCAAAAUUUCAAGCCAAGUAUAAUUUGCGUGGAAACAAGGCUCUAAAAUCUACUUGGAGUGAUAGUGAUGAAGGCUCUCAGUCAGAUGGUGAAGAGGUAAAUCUUGCUCUUACUUCCUCUCUUAAUAUUGAUGUUUCUGAUAAUUCUGACUUAGAAGAUGAUACCCUUGAUGAAGAAACAAAUGUCAAGUGUAAGCAAUUAUAUCAUGCUUCGAAAAUUGUUCUUCGAAAAAAUUAUACACUUGAAAAAGAAGUUGAUUCUUUAAGAGAAGAAAAAGAGAAAAUUGAGCUACAAUUUGAAACUUCUCUAAAAGAAUGGAAUGUUGAGCGUACUAACCUUGUUGAUAAGAUAAAAGUUUUGCAGGAUGAGGUUAAGUCUAAAGUUGGGGACAAGGAACAUGGAUGA